AUGGCCAAUCGACAUCCUCCUGACCUCGGUACGCUGCCAGAAGACAGUCAAUUUGAUCAUACGCCUGUCUUGGGCUUACAAUAUCAUCAACAAUUGUCUUCCUCUGCCGCAAAAAGCAAGCAACGUCUCUCUCAGUCAUCCAUGGAUGCCCAAAAUGCAAUCAGUGAACUCACAAAAGCCAAAGAACAUGAUAAUGUCGGAACAAUCACAGUUCAUGGAUGGAUGCAUAAACAAGGGAGUCGGAAAUUUAAAGGUCCGGUGGCAAAAAGUUGGCGCAAACGGUAUUUUGCACUUGAAGGGGCAAAAAUAUACUAUUUUCAGAAUGAUGUCGAUUGUCGCAAAUAUUUCAAUUCACGGAAUGGGGAAUUAGUGAUUGGAGCAGUGGAUUUACGCGAUGCGUUUAAAUUGGAACAGAGUGAACGUCUUGAUUUACCAGCACGAGGCAUUGUCAUUCAUACUCGUCAUCGAGCAUGGCUCAUGUGUCCAGAGACAGACCAGGAUUUUACCAUGUGGUUUGAUGCCUUGGAAUUUACUGUGAUGUCAGCUGGUUCUGGAAAUGUCGUGAAACGCGAUCUUCCAAAUGUUCGUGUCUAUGAAAUGAAAGGACGAUUUAGUUAUCGUUUUUGGUAUGUAAUCUUUGUCAUUACAGCUCUUAUUGAGCUAGCAGGGAUUGUUCUGUGGUUUCCAUUAGGUAUUGAACCCUGUGAUGUGAAAUACAAGACGGAAACAUGUGAUGAAAUUCAAUUGCUUUAUGCUGAGACACUUCAAUGUGGUGACAAACCAUUUAAUGGCAUGUGGGAUCCUCCACAGUGGUACCACUGGUCAGGUGGGAUUGAGACGGUACGAUGUUUCAAAGAACCUCAUAUUGGGGAUUGGGUCUCGUACUUUCUCUUUUACUUUUCCGAGUUUAUCAGUAUUUCGUUGGGGUUUCUAUACUACUUGGGAAUGUGGCGACCCGUGCGUCGUGGAGCUCGGUAUCUUCGUGAUUUUGAACCACAUUUUCCACCGGAAAAGUGGCCGACGGUUGAUAUAAUGUUGUGUCAUUAUGCUGAACCAGCAGAUGAUACCAUUGCAACACUGGAGAAGAUUAUGAAUUUGGAUUAUCCACCUCAUCUUUUUCAUGUCUGGAUCUGUGACGAUGGAUAUUGUAAAUCCAAGUGGGAAGCGGGUAGUCAAGUACCUAAAGUCAGUGUUAAUACUGGUGUGAUUGAAGAUGCUGGUGAUGUUCGUCACGAAGUGGCUCAAUUCAUGUACGAUCGUGUGUGUGAGUCGUAUGAGCUGGAGGUGGAUGAGUGGCGCAAAGAACACACGACUGUAAAGAUGCCGACGGAUGCGAAUCCACGGAUUGUGAACCGUAUUGAUUGUGCUGUUGGCUCGGUCCGUGAUGAUUACCAUUAUCACGGGCUGCCCAAGCUGACGUUUGUUGGACGUAUUAAGCCACCUGUACACCACUCAAAGGCUGGAAACAUUAAUAAUGUAUUGUACAAUGAAGGAGCUUGUGGUCGCUACGCUAUCAUUCUGGAUAACGACAUGAAGCCCCACGAGAUGUUUAUUCAAGCGACACUUCCGUUCUUUUUUGAUGCACCACAGAACUCUAAGAUUACACGGUGCUGUGCUCCUGGCUGUGGUGACAUUGGCAAGAUUUGUUGUGCACUGUGUCAGUCAGCCGGAGUGCCGGAAGCCCAGAUCAUGUACUGCUCGAAGGACUGCUACAAUGCAUCGGGACACGUCAAGUCGAGUGUUCACCGUCGUCAGACGCAAAAUACCAUGUCGGAACGCAUGAUGUGUGCUAGCUGUGGCAGCAAGAUCAAUCAAGCAAACGGGUUGUGUCGCAAGUGCAAUCGUGCGGUGAGCCGACGUAGCAGCAACCCGUUUGUGGGUGUUUCAGCUGAUGAUUAUUCGGACCACGUUUCGGUGAACCAGGUUGGUUAUGUGCAGACACCUCAGUACUUUGAGGACUGCCUGCAGUUGCGCCUCGGUGACCCGUGCGGUCACCGUAACUCGACGUUUUUUGAUUCGGCGCAGACUGGUAUGGAUGGAUUCGACUGUGCUUCAUUUGCUGGGACAAAUGCCAUUUUCCGCCGUGAAGCUCUCGACUCGGUUUGCGGUAUCCAGUACGGAUCAUUGACGGAAGAUGCUUACACUGGCAAGAUGAUGGUGGACAAGGGAUGGAAGGGCUACUACUUCCGUAAGGAUCUCGAAGGCGAGGAGGCUGACCGUAUUCGUCUUGCAGAAGGUGCUGUGCCUGAGUCUGUGGCUGCUGCUUUGGCCCAGCGUAAGCGUUGGGCAAAGGGCAACUUCCAGAUCUUUUUGCGCAACAAGAAGAGCUUGGUGGACCCCGAGUGGACACCACCGCAAGUUGAGCUGCCGCCAAAGCGCAAGAUCAACAAGUUUAUGCGCUGGGUAUUCUUUAUGAAUUUGACAGUGUACCCAAUCGGCUCUUUUCCGGCUAUUUUCUUUUUCUACAUCACUGGCUACUUCCUAUACACUGGGCAAGCUCCGAUAUACACGUCCGGACUACGUCUACUCAUGGCUCUUGUACCUAAGAUUGUGGCACAGAGUAUUCUAUCGGCUCUGUCAAAUCGAACGGUUGACAACGACGACGUGCUGCGUAGUCAACAGACGUGGUUCUCGUACGCGUUUGUACACGUUAUCGCUGUGUUUGAGACUUUCUACUGGAAGAUCACGGGCAAAGAGGCCACGUGGGCCAACACGGGCGCUAUUGGUGGCAACAGUAUCAUGGAGCUGCCGAACCUGUUGGUGUUCAUGGCGAUGGUAUUCGGGAUGAUGUGGGAUAGUGUGCGCUACUUUGCGGGCUACAAUAACGCGGCCACGACUCACGGCACUCCCCUCUACUUUGCGUCGCUGUUCUUGGGUGGUUUCUUGGCUAGUCAAUUGGGCCCCAUGGUGCGUAUGAGCGUACAGACGUACUUUGGCUGGAGUCACAAGAGUAUGACGGACCAGGGCAACAUGGUGGGCAGCUUUUCGCUUGCGUUCGUGCUCAUUAUCCUGUGUAUCUGGGUGUACGUCGAGACGCCCAACCACUCUAUCUUUGGCUAA